AUGGACCCCUCGCAGGCGGCCUCGAGCAAUGUGACCGUGGAAUACACGGAUCCAUCGGAAAUAUUUCCCCAGGUUCAAUCCAUCAUCGAAUCGAAACUUCCCCUGAAAAACCUCCACUGGAAAUCACCAACUCGCCCCGUCCGUUCAAUCGAAUCGCUCCGCAUCGGCUUCGUUUCUGCGCAGACCGAAAGCACAGAACCCAAACCAUCCAGUGAUGGUGCUGGUACAGUACCACAUAGGCGACAUCAAAUCCCUGGCUUGCGACAAACUCCAUACUUGAAGGUCUACCUCCUCCGCUGUGACGACAACGACACAUACAAAGCUACAGCGCGCAAAGCACUACGCGAAUGGAUCAAGGCUCAGGGCGCAUCGACCACGUCGCAAUCUACUGGCGCUACUGGCAGCAGCCAGGAAAAGCACGAUGCCUUCGAGUGGCUCAUUUUACAUGUUGUUCAGGACGGAGAGGGUGCGGAGAAGGCACCCACUCCUACCUCGAAAUGGGGCCGGGGCACAACUAGCAUCCUGGAAAAAGUCAAGGCCGAUUUCAAUGGAUCGUCUAAGACUGCUGUAGAUCGGGUUGCACAGCUGCGGUUGCCUAAGACAGGGACGACCAAAUCCCCUGAAUUGGCUGAGCAGCUGGAAGAUUUGAUUGACAAGAUGAAGAAUGGGAUUCUGGCUUCGUUUGAUCUGCGUGUGGCUCAGUAUGAAGAGGAUAUCAAGGAAAAAGAUUCUCAGCGCAGUCUUCCGGGGUGGAAUUUUUGUACCUUCUUCAUACUCAAGGAAGGUCUUGCGCGUGGAUUCGAGAAUGUUGGUCUCUUUGAUGAUGCCCUGGUCGGGUAUGAUGAAUUAUCUGUCGGUUUAGAUGCGGCAAUUCGAGAUCAGGUCGAAGGAAAUGUUGGGCAGCAUGGUGGUGAACUCCUGACUUCCAGCAGUAUCCUGAUAGAAGAAGCCAAAAAGGCACUCGAGGCUGGACCGACCGACGACAGUCAGGAGAUUGAAGCUCCCCAGCUCCAAAUUCGACCAGAAGAUUAUCCACUCAUUUCCACCAAGCUGCCGUAUCGUGAGAUGAUCCUUGGGAGCAACAUCUCCAUCUUCAACUUCCGCACGUAUCUCUUCUCGCGACAAUUGGCUUUGCUUCUACGAGCUGCAAGAGCUCCAUCACUCUUUGGAAAUGAGACAGCCGCUCGUGAUAAAAAGCCGGAAAACCUCAUGCUACUCUCUGAGAUUUGCGAAAGGUCCACGGAUUUCAUCAGUCUCGCCGCCCGAACUCUUCGCUAUGAUCUUGAGGCUGGAUUGGAGGAUGUGAAAAAUGACGCCAAGGCGAAUUUCAUCGACAAUACUGUGUCUUCGUGGGCUUAUUCGGCGGCCUUGCAAAUUCUCGAUCAGACCUUCACUACCAGUCUCACGAUUCCUGAAUCCUCUCUUCACGCUGCGGCACAGGUGGCAGAUUCCUCAAGCUCAGGUGCACCGACCACAGAAAGCCGCGCCGAGGUGCCUCGCCGGAUGAGCUCAAUAACAUCAGGCUCUCGUGGUGGUCGACCAGUGACGCAGGAUAUGUCCGAUGUAAGCUCGCUCAAGCGCAGAUCAACUAUAGACCAUCCAAAGCAAGCCCCCUUCGCGCAAAAGACCGGUUCUGAACAGCUGGCAUCUGGGAGGGGAGCCCUGUUUCUGUUUGCCCGCAGAUCCCUUGAGGAAAUUGCUCGCCGGCGGGGCUGGUCACAGAACUGGACUGACCUUAGCCUCCUCUUUGAUGAUGGUCAUCGUUCUGCAGGCGGUCUAUCAGAUGUCUCUCUGGAUGAAAACGAAUCUAAUCCACUGGACAUGGAGAACAUGCAGUCCUCUCUGAUUGGCAUUGAGUUGCCCGCAUUGAAGGCCGCAUUGAAAUCAAAGGAUACAUUCUUGUCGUUCUAUGAGACCCUCACCGAUCGACUUAUCUGCCACAACAUGGCAGCAAGUCGUGCUAACUCUACUGAAGUCGCACUCGCCGACAUUGCCAUUUUACGGUUCCGCCAGGGCGACUACGAGACAGCUGCUUCAUAUUUCCACCAGAUGGCACCAUUUUACGGCAGUAAACUUUGGACGGUCCUGGAGGGUACCAUGCUAGAGCUCUAUGCGCGGUGCUUGAAGGAACUCAACCGCCAUGAAGACUAUGUUCGUAUGGUGCUGAAAUUACUCUCCAAGUACGCAUCAUAUUCACAGUCACAACUCUCGGACAGACAAAGGGCUUUGUCUACCCCAACUUCAAUAUUAGGUCAGGAACAGCUGUCUGGCUAUGUUUCUGAUCUUUUCCAAGGCCUGGGUUGUCUACAGAAGGAUGUUACGACAUCUUUGGUUGAUUUCUUCGCGGACCUACAAAUUGAUCCGGCGAUCCGACUCUAUGAUGACAAGGAUGGAUUCCAAAUCCAGAUGGCCUUGCGCUUUUUACUGGGCCCGCAGAUUGAGAUCAAUUCAAUCAAGAUCAGGCUGGUUAGCGCCAGCUCGUCGCAAAAUUCGGAGCAUUGGAUAGAAGGAUCUACCAAUUUUGUGAUCAAGUCGACGAAGACGAAGAUUCUUAUUGAUUCGCCGACAACUCUUCAAGGCAAAUAUGUUGUGGACCGCCUGGAGAUGAAAGCUGGAAACCUUGUUUUCGCGUUCAACAGCAACCAACAUUCAUACCUGCCAGUGGGAUUCCGGGCGGCAGAUAGUGCAGACGGCACCGAUCUGCGUCCUUAUAUAUACUGCUACCCUCCACCAGAUGGCCUUCAGGCGAAGGUUGUGUCGCCACAUCUAAUCAAUCUCGAGGCCAUGCGCACGCUGGAGCUGGAACUCUCUAGCGGGCGUAAUGACAUCAAGAGUGGCACAAUCCGUUUGCGACCGGCGACAGCAGGACUCCGCCUCAGAAUUUCGGAGGCAGAAGUUGUGGAGGGAGAGCUAGAAGUCGCGGUGAACAACGACUCUGGAGCAAUCGAGUUUACACACCUGCCGACCCGAUCAUUUGUACGACUACGGAUCCCUUACACGGUAGAGGAGGCUUUCGCGACGCUUUCUGCACGGGCAGAGGUCACGUAUGAGACAGAAAAGGGCCGAUUCGCUUCUUUGACCGUGCAUGAUGUGGUUGCCACGCUUCCCAUAUCAGUCAACGUGCAGGACAUCUUCAAGGAUGAAAUGCUUUUCUCGCGUUUCACAGUGAGCCCCGCCAUGCUGAUCCCUCUCCGAAUCACCAAUUGCAGCCUGCCAAGCUCAGAUGCCUAUGAUGUGCAAUCUAGUAUUACGGGCCCCGUCGCUCUUGACGUUUUUCCUAAACAGCCCGCGUCCCUCCUUUACAAGAUCCGUCCUUUGGAGGGCACAACCGUCCCUGCCUCGGGCAAGCGCAAUCUUCGCCUGCGUGUUGAUUUUACGUGUGUGGAUGACGAGUGCUUCGAUGCGAUUGAAAAAUUGUUUGUGGCGGCAAUUGAUUCCAGCCCGUAUAGUCAAUAUGCAUCUCUCCUCGCGUCACAUCUUGUCGGCAGUUUCCGGGCUCGACUAUCUACUUCGGACAUGGAAGUGAUUGGCCUUGUGAGAGAAUUGGAUAUGCUCCCGUACCGGACUGUGCGAUGGGAAAAUUUGUUGGACGGGCUCAAGGAGCGCGGCGAGGAAGUACGCCAGUGGUUGAUGGAGUGGCACGAGCGCAACUCUAUCAUCCGUCUCCCGUUGCAAUCCACCAUCCCCACCCGCUGCAUUAUCAUCCCUGUUGAAAUCCCCGAAAUUCAAGUGGUCCAUACAGCCGAGCUGCAGCUUCAGCUAGGGCUCGAUAGGUCUUCUGCCGGAUCCUCCCACGCGGCUGUGGGCCAGAUGAUCCCAGCUGAAUUGACCCUCCGCCACACUCGCCGCUGGUGCUCCCCAACCACCCAAGAGUAUGCAGAUCACCCACUCGAAUGCUCCUACGAGAUCCAUGCCAAUCCCGAACUUUGGCUUCUGGGUGGUCGUCGACGCGGUAACUUCUUAGCACGUGAUGGUGAAUCUACUACCUUCACCAUCCUUCUACUCCCCCAAAAGCCUGGUCAUCUUCUCCUGCCCAGCCUGGAGAUCCGCACAUUUGCCCCUUCGCCUCUGCAGAUCUCUAAGACGGACUCCACCACAGGAGCUCCCGCGGGACCAACCCAGCGACACCCGAUUCCCUGUGAAGUUGAUUAUCGCAAUCACGGGGAGACGGUUCUAGUGCUGCCAGAUCUACGCAAGACCACGGUCAGCCUCAGCGCCUCGGGCAGUCCGGGUGGGGCGUCAUGGCUGGUGGAUUCGGAGAGACGAGCUGAGGUGCACUGA